UUCAAGCACUGCAUCCUGCCACUGGCUCAAAGACACCUGCCAGAAAAUGACCCUGCAGCCAUUAACUCCAGUGAACUGUGCAGGCCUUCUGCAGCCCGGCUGCUCUCUGCUGCAGCUGGAUGGUGAAGUUCUGCUGUUUGGCCAGAAGGGUUGGCCUAAGCGCUCGUGUCCAACAGGAGUAUUUGGUGUACGGUUUAAACAUGGCGAGAUGAAGCUGAGAGCCAUCUCGUUCUCUAAUGACUCGUGCUACCUGCCCCCAUUACGCUGCCCAGCUGUUUGCCGCCUCGACCCCUAUGAUGGGCUUCCAGAGAGUUACCUCAUCCACGGUGGUCGCACUCCAAAUAAUGAGAUCUCAUCAAGCUUGUACCUGUUGACCAUGGAUAGUCGUGGCUGCAAUCGUAAAUUAACGCUCUGCUGCACAGAGAAAGAGCUAGUGGCAGAAGUGCCAGGACCUCGAUAUGGCCACACAAUGAGCAUGGUCCAAAGUCGUGGGAAGACAGCUUGUGUGUUGUUUGGGGGUAGGUCCUACAUGCCCUCAGGAGAGAGGACCACGGAGAGCUGGAACAGUGUUGUAGACUGUCCACCUCAGGUGUUCCUCUUUGACCUGGAGUUUGGCUGCUGCUCUGCUCACACUUUACCUGAGCUUAGUGAUGGACAGUCUUUCCAUCUGGCCCUUGCUAGAGAAGACUGUGUCUACUUCAUUGGAGGCCACUCACUAGCCUCAGACUCACGUCCACCGCGUCUGUUUUGCCUGCAUGUUGAGCUUUUGCAAGGCAGCCCGUUGCUUUCCUGUGAAACCCUAGACAAUGGUUUAUCUAUCUCUAGUGCCAUCUUUACACGUACGGGACCCACUCAUAGAUACAUCAUCUUAGGUGGAUAUCAGUCAGACUCACAAAAGCGGAUGGAGUGCACUACUGUGAUUCUAGAUGAGAAAGGAAUCCACUUUGACCCCGUAGAAACACCCAAGUGGACCCCAGAUAUCAUCCAUAGUCGCACUUGGUUUGGUGGCAGCUCUGGAGAGGGAGGCAUCCUACUAGCUGUGCCCACAGAGGGAAGGCCAUCCCAACAAGAUAUGCAUUACUUCUACCAGGUGAACUUCCAGACAGAGGGAGAGACCAGAGAGGAAGAUGGAACCCUUGCCUGCAGCCAGGAGUCAACGGAUUAUGAUGACUCCACUCCUCUUGAAGAUUCUGAGGAGCUCUACUUCGGCCGUGAACCACAUGAGUUGGAUGGCAGCAGCGACGGAGAAGGGGAGGCUUACAAUGAAGAGGAUGAAGAGGAUGAAUCACAAACAGGUUACUGGAUAAAAUGCUGCCUUGGCUGUCAGUUGGAUCCCAACACAUGGGAGCCAUACUACUCCACAGAGCUCCACCGACCAGCCAUGAUCUUUUGCUCCAGAGGGGAAGGGGGCCACUGGGUGCACGCCAAGUGCAUGGAGCUGUCUGAGACCCUGCUGCUGAAACUCUCUCAAGGCAACAAGAAGUACUUCUGCUUGGACCACGGAGGCCUGCCCUACCAGGAGAUGACCCCACCUCGACAUAUUAUACCACUGAAGCGCAUCACCAUGAAAGCUAAAGACAAAAAAAGACCUCUGACAAUCAAGAUGUCCCCUGCCAAAAAAAGCUUUUUCAGACGGCUGUUUGACUGACUCAGAUUUUCAUAUGAUGUGUGCCUGUUAAGAAAACUUUGUAUGCUUAGGAUGUUUUUUCCACCCUAACAGUAAUCUAAUAAACCAAAUCGAGAAAAUCCCUCAAACUACCUUGAAGUGCUCACUGAACGUAAUAGAGUCACAAGCCAAGUUUAAGUUAGAUCACAUGACUAUUGAA